GGUAGAAAAAUGAACUCGAAAUACUUGAUUACUAGUCUGCAUAGAAGUCUAUGUUAUUUGAUAUAUUGCUUGAUUCAGUUGAUAAUUUCAAUAAUGUUGCUAAUUUAUGUAAUGAUGAUGAAUAAUUAAUUAGGUCAUUUUGGAUAGAAAUAAGUACUCUUCACUUUGAUAUAUCUAGAGUUUGUACAAACCUCCUGUUAUGAUUUGUGAAGGACUGUUAGCAUUUACAAUCUGCACAGAUCUUGUGCUUAAAAUAUUAAUGGAAGGAAGAGUAUUAUAAAUUAAUAUUUAAUAUUUUUACACUUAUUAAAGGAAUUCUUCACAACAGGCUCCAAUGUAUUAGACUUUUGUGCCUUUUUAUCAAUUAUCUUGUGUAUAACAUUGCAAUAUGAAGUAUAUUACGAUGAGAUUUAUGGAAUUUCCCUUAUUUCUAUGCGUUACUUGUCACUCACAGUUAGAAUGGUAGUCCUUCUAAAACAGUAUAUUAGAUUUCAAUUUGAUAGGUCUUAUUUUGUAAAGCUGAUGCAAUAACAAAGAGAUAUUUUAAUUUUUAAAAGAUCCAAAAAUCAAGAUCUCAGUAUCUUGGAUAUAAGUUCUGAAAUAUUAAAUGACUCCUAAUUUGUUGAAACUAUGAAACUUGUUAGUGAAUGA